AUGUCACUCGAACCGAAAGAUUUCCCUCAAAUGUGGCAAAAGCCGUCAAGUGAAGACUUACUCAACACGCUGAAGCAACUAGAACUCAGCCCGCCAGUAUGGAGCCACAAGACCAAGCGAUCGGUCAUCACCAACGAGCUGGAGUCCACGGUUUACUUUCGCCGCGAGGUCUCGAUGUACCUCUCCUCCAUCAUCAAGAGCGGUCUUUCGUGGAUUGAGGACGAGGAUGAGCAGGAGGCGGUUUGGUCGGAGGCCAGCAAACGGCUUACGGAGCGCUGUGGGCGUACAGCCAUGGGCGAGAUCACCCGGCGAUGGCCCUUGAGAGAAGACGCCCUUUCGCCGACGUUUGAGCUCAUCAUCCGCGAACCGCCCCUGACCGGCGACUCACUUGGUCUCAAAACCUGGGGCUCGUCAUAUGUUCUGGCGCAGCACUUGCCCAGUCUCGGCCCCACGUCGCUCUUCCGGCUCUUCGAUGAGUCACUCGGCCAGCCUCGCCCGUCUGUGUUGGAGCUGGGAUCCGGCACAGGGCUUCUUGGUCUGGCGGCGGCUGCCUUGUGGAAGGUCCACGUCAUUCUUAGCGACUUGCCUGAGAUUAUGGACAACUUGAGACACAAUGUUGAGGCUAACCGGGCCACGGUGGAGAAGCUCGGCGGAUCGCUGGACGCGGGGGCGUUGACUUGGGGAGGUUCAGGAGAAGAUGAGGUCGACCAAGACUUCUUCGACAAGAACCAUCAGUUCAAGGUGGUCCUGGCCGCCGACCCAAUGUACGAUGAUAACCACCCUGGCCUCUUGGUUGGCGCAUUCCACGAGCAGCUCUCCCUGGAAGAGGACGCCCGCGCUGUCGUAAUGGUCCCAUUGAGAGACGAGACGACGAAGAAGCUAUUGAAGACGUUCAGAGAAGUAAUGAGCCAACAAGGUCGCCCGCUUACCUGCAUCGAGGAAGGAACUCUUGACGGUCGUGACGACUGGGGCGAGGCCGAGGAGGGAAGCCCGGUGAGCUGCUGGUGGGGAGUUUUCGCCCGCAAACCGCAGGAAUGA